UUAUUUCCAGUAGAGCUCCUUCUUGAUGUGAAUAGCAUUGGAUUUUGUAAGAAACCUGAACUCUGACUCCCAAAAAUGUCGAUUUCUCCUUCUGCAUCGUCUGUUUCAGCCCCCUUGUCUUGCUUUCACUGCUUGAUGUGCUUGUGGUACUCUCUAGCCGUGAUUCUGAGUUUGCAUCUCGAACACUUGAUCCUCCCAAUUUCACUGAAUCGUUCUCUGCAAGUUUUGACUCCGACGAAGUUCUUAGAGUUGCGCUUGAAAUGCCGGUACUUCUUGAGUUUGUCUUGGUGAGAGAUCAGCGACUUCUGCGAGUGUUCCGGACUCUUGCACACUCUCGCAACUGUGGUCGAUCCUCCAUCUGGUUUUCGGUCAAGCUGAGCUGCAGCCUUAUUUGCUGGUGUAGUACUUCAACUCGUUAUGAAACGGAGAUCAAUGGAGCUGGUGGAUUUCAGUCAGACACGGAUUCAGGUCGUUGUUGCUCGAAGUGUCUGCUCAUUUGUGACCGUUAGUGCUGAUUUUGGGCUUGGUCGAUUCUGGUUUAUGCAGACUCUUGUCUCUACUUGUGUGGGGUCUCCGAUCAUGAUCUUGCUCUACCUCGCUAUUAAGUUCGUUUUGCUUGACUUCAUCAAUGAUCCUGUUCAUCUUGGUCUCAUAUUCGGUCUUGAGGAGUGUAAUUUUGUUAUUUGAAGUUCGUAUUCUGACUUGACUUGCGUCUGAGUUCAGCAUUUUGCUCGAUGAGUUUGGCUUUCUCGAUCUCAGACUUGCAAAGAUCUUCUUGGAGUUCACGGAUUUUGCAUUUGUAGCCAAGAACUUUCUUGUUGAACUUCUGCAUGGCACUUUUCAGACUGUAGUCUUUCUUGCACUUCGAAAGCUUUUCUUGCAAAAUUUCAAGGUUUUCAUCGUACUCACUGGUGAUCUUGGCCAUGUACUGCUUCAAUUUGGUGAUUGUCUUCGAGUACUUCUGGCACUUGUCGACCAGACCUUGGUAGGCGUUUUCUUUCUCGCUUUCGUACGAACAACACUUUAUUUUGUUUCCGAAAGAAUCGAGUCUUCUCUCAAUCGACCCAGCAUGAUGCUUGAGCUCUGAAUCUGGGACUCGUCGUGGAGACAAGUAAGUCUCGUUGGCACUCAGCAUCUGGAAAGCCUUAGCCUGGAUGUUCACCUGAUCGAUCUUGUGCUUCAUUUCGAACUUCUCUUUGGUGUAAGCCUCUUUAAGUUCUUUGAAUUCUUUCUCGAUCUGUGACUUGUACUUUUCGAAGGCAGAGUCUUUUUCAAGAAUUAUUCUCUGGUUCUCAAGUUGAAGUUUCUGAAUUUCCAGUUCUUUAUUUGGAGUUCUCUUCACACAGAGAAUACUCGGAAUUUCUGUGUUUGGCAACCAUUUCAUGUAACUCUUUCUGAUGCUUCAAGUUGAGUCCAUCAAGCUCUGACUUUAAGACAUGGUUAUCUUUUUCAAGCUUUUCGAUCUGAUCCAGGUACACACUCGGGUUCACUUUGAGGUCUCCACAUGCAUGGUCUUUGAUUUUCUGUACCAUAUCCUGACUCCUGAGUUCCUGAAGCUCAGAGAGUUCGUUCUGAAGCAAGUGGAUCCUCUGUUUGAGCACAGCCUUUUCAGUUUCAGAAGAAGUGACUCCUUGGCUGCACCUUCUACGAUGUAAAGUAUUUUUAAGCUUUUCAUUGCUUUCUAACAGUGACAUUUGGAAAUAUAAUUAACUUAUUC